AGAACAAGCAAGUGAGAGCGAGGGAGAGGGAGAGAAGGAGAGAGGGGGAUAGAGCCUUAGCUAAACGUGUUGGAAAAGUCUACGCUAGUGCCACAGUCUGAUUCCACUGAUCUGAUUCUGCACAGUUGUGUUUUUGAGAUUAACUUUUCCCUUUGAGGCAGGAGGUCUUUCAUAUUCUCCAUGGAUUAAGAUUUUUUGAACCCUGCGCAGGGUUUACUGUGCCACUUCUGUCCAUGGGAAUUCGAGCUUCCUGCAGACCAGAGCCUCCCGGGCGCGGCGGCGGUGGAGGAGGAGGAAGUGGAGGAGGAGGAUCUCAGGGACAGGCUGACUCCCCUCUGCCCGAACAGGACGAGGAAAUCCUGGGAUCAGACGACGAGGAGCAGGAGGACCCCAACGACUACUGCAGAGGGGGAUAUCACAAUGUGAAGAUCGGGGACUUGUACAAUCAGAAAUAUCACGUGAUCCGCAAAUUGGGAUGGGGCCAUUUCUCCACAGUGUGGUUGGCCUGGGACAUUCAAGAGAAACGUUUUGUGGCGAUGAAGGUGGUGAAAAGUGCAGAGCAUUACACAGAAACAGCCAUGGACGAAAUCAAGCUGCUAAAAACAGUGAGAAACACAGAUCCCAGUGACCCAAACAGAGAACGAGUCGUGCAGCUUCUCGACGACUUCAAGAUUUCUGGUGUAAAUGGAACUCACGUCUGCAUGGUGUUUGAGGUGCUGGGAUAUCAUUUACUCAAAUGGAUCAUCAAAUCCAACUAUCAGGGCCUCCCUCUGCCCUGUGUCAAGAGCAUCAUCAAACAGGUGCUGCAGGGCUUGGACUACCUCCACACCAAAUGCAAAAUCAUCCACACAGACAUAAAGCCAGAGAACAUUCUGCUGACGGUGAACGAGGCAUACAUUAGAAAGAUGGCCGCCGAAGCGACGCAGUGGCAGAAGGCGGGAGCGGCUCCUCCCUCGGGAUCUGCAGUGAGCACAGCCCCAGCCCCUAAAGCACAGAUGGCCAAAAUGUCAAAGAACAAGAAGAAGAAGAUGAAGAAGAAACAGAAGAAGCAGGCGGAGCAGCAGAGACUCCAGGAGGGCGUGGCCAUAGCGGAGGGAGGAGAGGCCGAGGAGGGCACAGCCGCAGAGGAACCGGCAGAGGGAGGAGAGGAGGAAGAGGAGGAGACCACAGAGACAACGGACACAACAGAGGACACCAACUCCUCUGUGACAAUGGCCUCUUCAUCCACUCUACAAGACCUGAGCAGCAACAUCACAGACGCCAGCCAAGAGGAGCAGCAGUCAACACAUUUACCAGACACGCCCCAGGACGAAACAUCUCAAGAAGAAUCCAAGAUGGAGGUCAACUGUAAUGGACGCAUUUCCACGAUCCCGGACGCCGAAACAAUACAAGACCAAACAGAGGAUGAACAGAACGCUAACUUGCCCGACGCUAGCUCUGAAAACAACAACACGAUAGCUAAUGAAAAUGUGCAGAUGUGUAAUGGGACUGAGGAGGGAGAGGAGCAGCAGACCUCAGCCGGGCCAGAGGAGGAAAGAGAGGAGGAGGUGACUGAGGAGAAGAAACAGGAGGAGAUGGAGACGCAAGGAGAGGUGCAAGGAGAGGCCAAGACCAAGGAGGAGGAGCAGGAAGCAGAUAAUGAAUGUUCCAGUAGUUUAUUAGUGAACCCUUUGGAGCCUGUUAAUGCAGAGAAGCUGCAGGUGAAGAUCGCUGACCUGGGAAACGCCUGCUGGGUGCAUAAGCACUUUACAGAGGACAUCCAGACGAGGCAGUAUCGGUCUCUGGAGGUGUUGAUAGGAGCUGGGUACAGCACACCAGCCGAUAUCUGGAGCACGGCCUGCAUGGCGUUUGAGCUGGCGACAGGAGAUUAUCUUUUUGAGCCUCAUUCUGGUGAAGACUAUUCCAGAGACGAAGACCACAUUGCUCUGAUCAUCGAGCUGCUCGGUAAAGUCCCUCGGAAGCUGAUUACGACGGGGAAAUACACAAAGGAAUUCUUCACUAAAAAAGGCGACCUGCGACACAUCACGAAGCUGAAGCCGUGGGGUCUGAGCGACGUCCUGGUGGAGAAGUAUGAGUGGAGCAAGGAGGAGGCGCAGUCCUUUAGCAGCUUCCUCUUGCCAAUGUUAGACCUGGUCCCAGAGAGGAGAGCUACAGCUGCCCAGUGUCUGUGCCACCCCUGGCUCUGCUCCUAACGCCCACCUCCACCAACCUCCACCUUUGUCCACACACCUCCACACACCCCUCAAACAAGAAUAAACAAGAGAGAGGAGAGGUACAGCCGCCCAGUAUCUGUAACACCCCUGGCUUUGCUCCUAACGCCCAUCUCCACCCUUCUCCACCCACCUCAGCCCAACUUCACCCUCCUCCACCCGCCUCAGCCCAAUUCCACCCUCCUCCACCCGCCUCUCAAACAAGAAUAAACCAGAGAGAAGAGAGCCAGUGUUGCUGAGUGUCUGUGCUACGUCUGACUGUUCGUCUCAGACAGGAAGUAAACAGGAUCACUCAAAUCCCCGGCUGUCUCACACCUGCAGGAAUUGAUAAAAAUGCACAACUACUCAUCAAACUUUUGAAACUUUUCGUUAUUUUGCUUCUAAAAAUCAUUUUGGGCAUUGUGAUUUUAAAACAGGACAAAACUCGUUUGAAGACACCUGGACUGCCUGAUGCAGAACAUGAUGCAAAUGACAAACGAGUAGAAGUAAAGUUGUGGUUCCUGAGUUUCACCCACAGAAGGAGCAGGUCUGUACUUCAGUCUGUCUGAACUCGUCGCUCUCACAAACCCUUUGGCACAUCGCUGACCUCCACAUGUGUUCUUUUUCUGGGUUUAGAACAGUUUUGUGGACUGCCCAAGCACUGCCAAUCAGAGUGCUGUUGCCGGGUAGAGAGGAAAUAAAAAUACUUCAUUGUUAGCACAGCGGUCUCAAAGCAGCACUUGAUCUUAACGAGACACUUUCAGUUUGAACCAGGGGGAAAAAAAGUUCAAAUUCACCUGGACUGACCCACUCUUCAUAUUUUUAAUCUAAGCCCCGAUUCCCAACAUAAUUCGUUGCCAUUUUGAACCAGGAAAAAAAAAAGUUUAAGGAUUUUUAAAAACACCUGGACUGUUACGACCCUGAAUAUUACUGAUACUUUGCUGUGACCUCACUCUGGGGGUGUUCUAGAUGCAUCUCUGUGGUGGAAUGUUCAGCAGUUACCAUGGCGUCACAAUGCACACGUUGGCAAGUUAGCAAGCUUUAAGAGAGUCUGGAAUCUCAUGAAAAAAUACAAACUGGAUUUAAAGAGCACAUUUUCGGGAACCUGAGAUCAAUCCAAGCAUUCGUGGUCCUGUUCAGGAGCUGUUGGCUAAUGCUAAUGCUAAUACUAGCUAGCUUGUGACUGUAAUGUUAUGUGAGAGGGACUUGUUUAACAGCACAAAUCAGCUUAGAUAAGUCAGUUCUUUAUGGUCAGAUUGUGUUAAAACAAAGCUCAAAUUAAAGUCUUAACAGAGCUUCAGACGCAGUAGUGCCUUCAGAUAGCAUCACACCCCAAGGAAUGUUGGUGACAUCAGCAGCAAAGUAUCAGUUUUAUUGAAUUUGGAAAAAAAAAUUGAACGCACAAGUCAUAAACUUAAAGAGCUAAAUGUAACUUUUCACUUUUGUCUGCAUGGAGAUGUUAGUGUUUUGCUGAAAUUUUCCACAGUAUGGCAUUCAGUUUGUCUAUCGCCAUGGAGACAAGCAGAUGGCAGCCUUUGGCCAUGUCACAGAUCAGCUCUGUAGAAAGGUAAGCCCACUCACAGUGAAAAAGACAGCAUGUUUAUCAACGUCUAUUUGAGCAGUAAAAAUGUCUGUAAUGAGUCAACUAUGAGAGGUUUAAUGCCAUACUGCGGAACAUCCAGAGGUUUAAUGCCAUACUGCGGAACAUCCAGAGGUUUAAUGCCAUACUGUGGAACAUGCAGGCAAAGUAAAAAUAAUCUCCAUGGAAACAUGUCAGUGCUUUAAACCUGUUCACUCUUAAUCUUCCAACAUGAAAAGUGCUUAUUGUUGCACUCAAGAUUCAAAUGUUCCAGAGUUUUAAAACCUGUUGAAAAAAGAUGCCAGAUGCCCUUCCAGUCACCAUCACGUUAUUAUUACUGGAGUUAGCAUGUUAGUGUGGGUGACGUGUUAGCCCAGCGACACAACAACAACUUAAUGUUGUAGUAAAAAAUGUAACCAGCAACCUUCUGGUCAGAGGGCGAAAGCUCACUGACUGUGCCACUGAAUCAGGCUGAGCAGUUUGCAGUGUUUGGUUUGUUCUAACAGUUUGAGAGCAUUAAAUGCUGAUCAUUUCAGUAUUGCUCUUUUUAAAUUUCAAAAACUGCUUUGAUCAGAAAAAAAUCUGUUUUGUUGAAUGUAUAGUUUUACUUAAAGAGGGGGUAUUACACAAAACCAUUAAAAACACAUCUGAAGAGCAUUUAAAUGUCAUUCAUGCAUGUUUGAGUAAUCUAGCAAUCUUUCCUGCACCUUAUGUGUUCCAGUAAAUACCCCCUCUUUAAAAAACAAAAUGGUAACUUCUCCUCAAAUCACAUUUUGCUGUAAAGUGCUUCAGCUCUGAAACAUUAAAAGCAUGGCAGGGUCUAGUGUUUCUCCAGAGCCAUGUGAAUCUUAAAACAUUGUAUAUUUGUAAAAACAGUGGAAUAAGGUGCCAUAUUUACACACAACGCUGCAUUUGAGCCCAGGCUUAAAGAGUCUGUUUCAUUUGAGCCCAGGCUUAAAGAGUCUGUUUCAUUUGAGCCCAGGCUUAAAGAGUCUGUUUCAUUUGAGCCCAGGCUUAAAGAGUCUGUUUCAUUUUAGCCCAGGCGUAAAGAGUCUGUUUCAUUUGAGCCCAGGCUUAAAGAGUCUGUUUCAUUUGAGCCCAGGCUUAAAGAGUCUGUUUCAUUUGAGCCCAGGCUUAAAGAGUCUGUUUCAUUUGAGCCCAGGCUUAAAGAGUCUGUUUCAUUUCAUUUGAGCCCAGGCUUAAAGAGUCUGUUUCAUUUGAGCCCAGGCUUAAAGAGUCUGUUUCAUUUGAGCCCAGGCUUAAAGAGUCUGUUUCAUUUGAGCCCAGACUUAAAGUGUCUGUUUCAUUUAGUUUUUGUGGCGUCUCUGUGAGGUACAGCAGGUCUAAAUGUCUCAACAUGAAGUUAAAGUUUCACUGUGUAACUUUUCUGAAGGAAGGUCAGUCACUUGCUUGUCACCAUGGAGAUAACUGAGUAUAAAGCCAUACAGUUGAAUAUUUAAUUAAAAGUUGCAGGUCAGAUCUAUGGAUAGGUGACGCUACUGUUUUGAGUUUUUUGUUGUUGUUUUUUUUGUUUUGUUUGUUUGGUUUUUUUUUGUUUAAUAAUAAAUUUAAAAAUGAGUUUAAUGCCAAACUGAAAUAUUUAAGGGAAAGCCUAAGCUAGGUCUAAACCAGGUCUAAGCCAGGACUCAACCGGGCCUAAACCAGGUCUAUAACAGGACUAAACCAGGACUAAACCAGGACUUUGAGGCUGAACUCCAAAUCCACAGGACUAAACUCGUCUUUUCAGUUUUAGACUGAACAGGGCCAUAGCAGUGCUGGUCCAUAUGGGGGCGCUGUCUCUCCUCAUGAGCAAACUGCAGAUUUUCAAGUUCAUUUGUCAGACUGAGUAGAAAGUGUGUUUGUGUUUGUUCUUCUCAAACCAAAGAGGUGGCUCCAUCGCAGGUGAACGCAGCCCAAACUUUAGUUCUUAUUUUAGCAUUUUUAAAUCAUUUUCUGAGGGUUAAACUGUAAAAGAAGAUAAUUUGUGUUUUUCUUAAAUAAUUCCAUAUCUGUUCCUGUGUCUUUCCAUUUCUGUGUAGGCAAU